GAUACAGACUGCGCAUGCGCACGACUGAUAGCACUCUCCUGUCAUGGCAGCCUACAUCGUCUGCUGAUGUGGUGAAUGUACAGGCUAACACACAACGCAACAGUGGACAUGCUUUUGUGUUGACGGGUUUGCUUUGUAAGGUGUUAAACGACUGACACAAUGACCAAGAUCUAUAGAGAUGAAGCAGGGCAUCCAUCGAGCCAGUCGGUGGCACAUCGAGUGAGGAAUAGCAGUUGGUUGGAGUGGUCAACUGUUCAAAGACUAUGAACGAUCAGCUAUGGACCAGAUCACUUUUCAUUAUGACACUGUGCUCUCAGAGGUUCAUAUGCUUUUGCCGAGUGCACAGCACCUUAUGACAUGCCUCAACGGUGUUGGGCAGCCUGUGUUCAUGUCCAAAUUUAAGAUCUUGGGAGAAAAACACAAUCAUGACCAAGGGAAAGGUAUGGUAAAAGAAGAGAAAUACAAGGACCCAGGGGGAUCCAGUGGAAACUCUAAGAGAGGCACUCAUGAAGAAAAUGCAAAUGAAGGUGGGGAAGAAAAUGUGGUGCCAUUCUUGGAUGAGGAUGGGGACUUUGACAUCAUGCAUCGACCACGGAAAAACUUUUUGGAAGCUACUGACCGAAGCUUGGUCUGUCCAGUCAUUCUCAAACAAUCCAGUCCCGUACUGGAACAAGAGGAGGAAAAUACAGAUAAUGAAGAGGGUCAUUGCUUCGAAAAUGUUAUAAGGAUUGAGCACACUAUGGCCACACCCUUGGAGGAUGUUGGCAAACAGGUAUGGCGGGGGGCGUUCUUCCUGGCUGACUUCAUCCUCUCUGAGCCGGCCAUGUUCAGAGGAGCAACAGUCCUAGAGCUAGGAGCAGGAACAGGCUUAACCAGCAUCAUCAUGGCAACCAUAGCCAAAACAGUGUACUGCACAGAUGUGGGUGAAGAUCUUCUUAGCAUGUGCAAGAGAAAUGUAACAUCAAAUAAACGCAAAAUGGAGCCUGCAGGUGGGGAGGUGAAAGUAAGAAAGCUGGACUGGCUUCAGCAUGGCCUUUGUACAGAUGCUGAUAUGGAGUUCAGUUGGACAGAAGAGGAAGUAGCUGAUCUUCAUAACAACACUAGCUUCAUCAUUGCUGCUGACAUUUCUUUCAGAAAUACCCCCACCUCAGUGAUGGAGAGGAGUCCCAUACAUAAGCGAUAUUUGUCAGACACACGAGGUUAAACAUUGCAACAAGUGAUGUAUUUUGCAUAGUAAUGCAAUCAUUUAAGAAAAGACACAAUCUUAAAUAACAACAGCUCAUAAAACUGUCAAAAUUAACUAAGAUGAAUUUAUUUAUAGUUUCCUUUACACUGAAAAUUCUGUCUUUGGACAUAUUUUCACUACUACCUACCAAUAAACAAAAAUGUCCUAAUGUGUGCACUGUAUGACUUGCUGUUAGAUCUUGAUCAAUCCUGUCUACAUGUUAGGGAUCAUUUAUAAUUCAAAGUCACUAUUAAAGUUACUGCUGUUUUUCAAAGUGUAUAAAAGUGCACAACUCUGUCAUUUUGGAGAUACUCACAUGGAUCUUGCUGCUGUCUGAUGCAAGUAUUUAAUGAACUCAAAGAAAAUACUCUUGGCAACAAACUAAACUUAAGCUCUUGUAAGUGUUUUUUUUUCUCCAAAACUCAGAUUAAUUUAUUAUCCUGCUUCGAGUUUACCAUGUCAAAACAGAGGUCUUUUCCCAGAAUUUGAGAGAUCUGGUCCAUAUUUAUUUUAUCAGUUGAUCCGAAGAGGUGGAGGGACAUCCUGUGAGUACCUGGGAUCCUUUCCUCCCUGUUGUUAGAAGGAUUUCUGGACCCAAACUUAAUGUUUUUAAUGCAGUUAAAUAAUAGAGGUUGUCAUGAAGUGAGGUCUGUCAGCCUGGCUGUUGUAGUUAUGCUAUUAAAAUGGUCAUAAUAUAGAUGCUUACAAUUCUACAGCAGUAAUAACGACAAUUGUAACAACAACAGUAAUGUGCAUAGAGCAACAGCAAUAUACGCUGAACAGGUUUGUUGGGCCAAUAACCGCAUAUUAGAAACAAACUUUACUUGAGCCAGAGAGGGAAUACACAGUUAAAGAUGUACAGUCUAUUCAGAUUAACAUUUCAAAGUAACUUAACUUCAUGAAUAGUCAGUACAUUGCUGUAGCAAGACUUAAAGUAAUUGCUGUUUUAAGUUUCGCCCUUGGAGCUGCUGUGUAAAUCACUUCAUACAAUGCAAAAACACAUACUGACAGUCAUAUUAAUUGUUUUUGUGU